GUGGCAGCUCGUCCAGGGGACAUCAUCGACGACGACUGGUGAAUCUGCAUCAUCAAACCUACCCCCCCCAGUCGUCUGGCCCCUCCAGCUCAGGAAGCCGCUACACAGCCCCAAUUGCAACCGCAAACCCCAGCGCGCUUGUUUCCCCAAAGGGCAGAACCAGCUUUCAUUCCCACACGAAAAACCCCCCGCGACAAGCCGCGACCAUGAGCACCCAGAGGGUCGGCCUCAUGGCCAUCCGGCGAGCCACCCAACAACCCGUCUUCUCCCAGCACAUCCCCAGAUCGGCCGCCGCCCUGAGCCUACAGAGCUCACAGACCCGCCCGCUCACGACCAAGCUCACGCACGCCGAGAACGACGCGCUCCUGGCCGAGCAGCGCCUGCGCCGGCCCGUGGCCCCGCACCUCGAGAUCUACGACUACAAGCAGACCUUCCUGGGCGGCUCCAUCUGGCAGCGCAUCUCGGGCACGCUCCUGACGGGCACGCUCUACGGCUUCAGCGUCGCCUACCUGGCCGCCCCGCUGACGGGCUGGCACCUCGAGUCGGCCAGCGUCGCCGCCGCCGUCGGCGCCUGGCCCGCCUUCGCAAAGGGCGGGCUCAAGUUCCUCCUCGCCUGGCCCUUCACCUUCCACUCCUUCAACGGAGUCCGCCACCUCUUCUGGGACACGGCCAGGGGCUUCGACAAGGCCGGGCUCAAGGCCCUGUCUCGCUACGUCUGGGCCGCCAGCGCCCUGAGCGCCGCCGGUCUUGUUGCCUUCUUGUAGGCGGAGGGCUGUGCUGGAGGGACGGUCGGACAAUCGGGGCGCUGGGAGGGGGCUCCAUCAGGCCUGGAGGAGAAAAGGGGAUGGAGGGUGAAUCUGCCAGCUUUUGCUUGGCCGGUGAUCUAGUGAAGCAUGGCGGGAGCUUUGCUGUGAGCCACCGUGGCGGACGGACUGAUAAAAAAAAACCAGGAAAAAAAGCGAGGAGCAGGUGUUGUUCGGAUACUCUACGGCUCCGACGAGUAUAGACGCUAAGCUAAUCCAGGGGGAUCCAGGCCAGUUGCCCAUUUUUAUUAUUUGUUUGGAUAAGAGAUGCUCAGAUUCCAUGGUGAGCAUCAUCAGGGGGUGAAGGACAACAAAUGCCCCAUGCGACCUGUGGAUUAUCGUGCCGCCGAAUGACAUUUGAUGCAUCCCCACGUAACCGUCGGGCAGCUGGAUGACUUGCCCUGUUGAUGCUGGCGUCCUUUUCAAUCCCAAGACGCGCAAGAAGACGACGAGUCUCUUUGGGGAAUAUAAACCAGUUGUGAAUAAAGUAAGGCUCAGAUGUCCUGAAAAAAGACUCCGGGCGCCAGAACCAUUUGUGUGAAAACGAGGCAGAAAAAAAAAGUGAACAUGAAAGUGAGAAG